GCCCCACAACACUUUUUCUUCUUUUUUGCCUAGGGGCUGUUCCUCCCAAGAAGACAACAGCCCAUCAUACAAAUUUUCAGAAUCAUUUUAGCUGCUUCCCACUUUCCAAUUCAAAUAUAUGUGGGAGGUUUUCUUCUAAAGAAUCACCAUUCAUCAAAAUCCUCUUUUACAGAUUUGCUUUUUCUUCCUGUGCAUGUAAGGGAUCCAAAAGAAAGCAAAACAAAUGGCUUGGGAACCCAUUCUUUGGCUCAUAUUUUUAGCCAUUAACAUUUCCCUCAUCUCAUUACUCAUCUAUCAGAUUGUGUGUUUAACAGAUUUGGAAGCUGAUUAUAUGAACCCUUACGAGUCUUCAUCUCGUAUCAACUCUGUGGUCCUUAAAGAGUAUAUUUUACAUGGUGUAUUCUGCUUCCUAUUCCUUAUCACAGGCCAUUGGUUUAUCUUCUUGCUAAUGCUUCCUCCUGCUUACUAUAAUGUCAGAAAAUUCUUAAGCCGGCAGCAUCUUAUUGACGUGACUGAAGUUUUUAGGUUCAUUGAGUCUGAGAAGAAGAUUCGGAUAUUCAAGCUCGGUUUCUAUUUGGUCCUCUUCGUGCUAGUGCUUGUCAGAAUAUCCAAUGGAGGGACGCAUCUACUUUGCUAUCAGUUUUCCGGUCCAAUGAUGGAGAUUUUGACAUUCACUCCUCAGUACUUGAAUUCUAGACAGUUUUUAGUCUGGUCCUAUCUUUUAUCAACGCUCUAGUCGAUGAAGAUGAUGCUAUCAAUUUUGGUUCUUUACCAUUGCCCAAUUUCUUUUGAAGAUAUUUUCUAGAUUUUGGUCAAGGAGAUACCUGAGGUGUGAUCAACCAACAUAGUCCUGGGAAACCUCUACUUGAACUCUGAGCUAACCUACUUACUGUUGUUUGUAUCUGGUUAUUUUCCAGCAAACCGUAUCAGGGUUGACUUUUGACAUUCUUUUCGGCAUUAGAUUAUUCGCGUGCUCUUUUCUUCGUCAUUUUCACGCACUCCUGCUUUUAGUUGGGUAGCUCUGGCAGUUGAAUGUCCAUAAGAGAGCUAUGUGAAUUUGUAAAUGUCCUGUAAGACUUGUUCUAAUAGAAAGCCUCACUUUGUGUCCCA